AACCGAUAUAUUAUUUCUGUGACUAUUGUUUAUAUUUAUUUACUGUUAGCAAAUUUUCAUUUAUGUGUAUGUUAUUUCUGUUUAUUCUAUAAUAAUUCCUUAGUAAUCUCGCAAUUUUUCUCGAAUGUGUACGCGAUAUUCUCGCUUGCGCGUUUAACGCAUUAAACUCUCCGUCAGGAAGGGUAAUCGUAUCUCCGCCGCUUGACACGCGCAUUACUCUUUCGUAUACACAAGAAAGCUGUCGGGGUGAUAUUGGAUAACAGGAUGUCUCGUAAAUCUAAGAGUGCAUAUAUUAACGGUUUUUAGCUUCUUAUAUUGCCGUGCACAGGACAAAUUGAAAGCUUAGAGAUUGUCCAGACAUCUUUUUCAUUCUACAAAGCGUAUCCUUAGAUGCAAUGAUGAUCCAUACUUUUCAACAAUUUGCCAUUGGCGUUACGAUAUACGCGACUAUAAUCUGUGGAGCACCCAUCGGAGAUCUUGAGAGUAUCUUUCUGCGUAUUUAUGUUGGAACUACUAUGAAUGAAUACGUCGAUUACUCGCUAAAAAAUACCGCCGCGCUCCUAUCUCGAAUACAAUACAACAAACCGACAGUAUUGUAUAUUCACGGUUAUACGGAACAUCUGGAGAAAGAGAGCGCACGAACGGUAGUGCAAGCUUACUUGAAGCGAAAUGACCACAACAUCAUCGCAGUAGAUUAUGGUAAACUGGUGAGCAAUUCGUAUAUGAAAGCUGUGAGAAACGCUCCUCAUGUUGCAGCCGCUCUCACAGUAACUCUCGAUAAGAUGAUAGCGUCGGGUUUCGAUUCAGAAAAGCUACACAUCGUGUCACACUCUUUAGGCAGCCAAGUCGCCGGCUAUAUUGGCAGAAGUGUCAGUUUUCAGAUUCCUAGGAUUACGGGAUUGGAUCCCGCCGGUCCCCUUUUCAAUUUUCUUGAGCCUUGUCUCACGUUCUCCGAUGCUCGUUUCGUAGAUAUCAUACACACGGAUUUUAGAUUUUAUGGUAUUGCUAAGAUCACAGGCACGGUGGACUUUUUCCCGAACGGUGGUCAACGUGUACAGCCUGGCUGUCCGUUAAACACUACGAUCAACACCAAAGAAGAUUAUUGCAGUCAUCAUCGUUCCUGGAAAUUCUAUGCCGAGUCGCUGACCGAUGAAUCGGCCUUUCUGGGCGUAGAAUGCUCUUCGCUAUCUCACUUUUAUUCCGGCAAAUGUAAUAGUAAUACACGAAUUAUCAUGGGAUACGGCACUCCAAGCAACGCACAAAGAAGCAUUUAUUUAGUGACGGCCGACCAAAGUCCUUUCGGGUUGCACGAGAAAGGGACUCAUCCAUAAUCGAGAGUUGACUGUAUAAUUAAAUUGCAAUAUUAAAAAAAAAUAUACCGCAAGAUCUAGAAUAGCGAACCCUCAUACUAAUAAAAAAAAAAAAAAAAAAAACGUCUAGUACAUCGUUCUCUGCAACGCGCGUACUCCACAUCAUGCUAUAUUCAUAGCAUAUUAAUGAAGAAUUGAGUACAAUGUGUCUUAUUUCUUGUAAUAUACAGUUAUAAUCAUCGCUGUAUUAUUUUACAUAUUGAUUUUGCUUCCGUCACAUACAAUAGCGGUUUUUCCAUUAAUUCAAUUCUCGUUUCAUAGAUCAAUCCAUCUAUCGAUCGUAACAAUGAGAGGUAGCAUUUACGCUAACGUUUAUUUUUAAAAACUUACGAUAAGGCGGAACUAUACAGCCAUGACUUUAAUAGCGUAAAAGAUAGUCUUUAUAAUAUCGUAAUGUCUCAAUUACAACGAUUAAUAAAACUUAUUUAUGCAUGAAUUAU